GUUGAUGCUCCCCCUCUUACAAAACUUGCCUGCUAUACCACUCCAACCCAUGAUAAUUUUGUAGAAAGACAAAGAACAUGGAGUAAGACCAAGGACAAUGGAUCUCUUCACCCGCGGCCGCGGCGCUGCCGGCAAGCGCGUACUGCCGGUCCAGUCUCAGCAAGGCCCUUUUGAUGGUUACGGUGCUGGUGUUGGGCCACGUCCCCCAGUCGUCGUACCCCCGAACAACUAUGUCAAUAGUGGGAAAAACGUCACCAGUGGAGACCUCAUGGCCGCAGCAGGCAAUGCAGUCCAGAAACCCAUAACCGACCUAGCCCUCCAAUCUCGCGUCCUCGACUUGGAGGAGCAACUCCUGGAUCUCCAAACGCAUUUGGAGAAGAAGUUUUUGGCUGUAGAAGAGGAUGUCAAUCGGAGGAUUGAUUCGAAAUGGGAGAAGUUCGAGCUGUGGGACAAGCGAUUCAAGGAACAUAUCCGAGGAGAGCAAGAGGUCAGCCAAAGCCAGUUGCUCAAUUUGAAGAGCAGCGGGUUGGAGUAUUAUGACAGUAGUAGUAGUACUGACUCUGAGAGGUACUAGUCGUAGUAGGAGUAGUCUAGAAGCAGGAUUUUAGAUGGUUGUAAACGUUGAAGUCCUGAUCAUGUGUCACAAGAGUGGGUGGGUGCCAGAAGAUGUCUUGUCAAAUAUAUCAAAGACUACGGCUAGAAGUACAUUGAAUCUAGGUGCUGUAAUCUACUUAUGUAUAAGUAUAAAUCAAAGACUUCGGCUAGUACCUUGAAUCUAAGUGCUGUAAUCUAAAAGUCCCCAUCAUCUAACUCGCCAUACUCGAGAAGCAAGGGAACGAAAGAAAAAUCGUUAACGAUAUGGAGCUCAAGAUCACCGCGAUGGACCAAAAAGUUGGUCAGGUCCAGGUUCUCAUCGAAAAAAUCCUAGGGGGCGACGUGUUCCACCUCGAAGAUGCUCCUGAUGCGCACAAGGCUUAUCCGAUUUCCCAAAGGAUUGGUGGGAUUAUUGCCAACUCGGCAAACAGUGCACUAGCAGGCGGAGAUGUAGGAGGAGGUGACCUCAGAAAUACCCCAAGACUGCAGAUCGGCGGCAGCAGUCCCUCGACAUCACCGACCAAGCAGCAAAGAGAUCGCCUUCUGUCGUCGAAGUUGGUGCGCACCGCGUCCGCAGGUGGAGGUGGUGGUGCUGGGCUCAAUUACAAUGUCGCCAUGGAGCAUAUGAAGCAGUUGAUCGGUCAAGAAUCGGAAGCUCGGCAGUUGCUACAGGAGGAAAUGACGGAAAAUGUGAAGGCAUUGCACUCGGAUCUCAGAGACUUCAUGCAGAGUCAGGCGAGAGAAUUUCUGCAGGAUAAGAAGGUGAAAUUGCAGGUACUACUUGUACUUACUAAGUAACUUGAUUAUACAAAUCAUUUGUUCUUUGUGUGCAGUAUUAGUAUUUGGUUUGGUAGUUCAGAUUCGUUUUCGCUGUGAAACCUGACAGGAAGAGCACGAUGCCCGCAUUCUCAAACUGUCGGAGGGCAGCAUCAAUUCAGCUUUCGCGCAGUUGAAACUGGAGCUUGACGUUUUCAACACGCAUAUGGCUUCGAAGGAUCGCGAAUACAGACAGAAUUUGGUCAACAGUGAAGAAAAGUUCCUCCAGAAUCUCAAUAUGGCGACGGAACAACAGGGCAAGAAUGCGAAGGAAUUGUGGUCCGCGUAUAUCGAAAUGGGGACCGAGUGGAAGAAUGCCAUAGCAAACUUGCAGCAGAUUUUAUGGUUUGGGUAUGCCCACUAGCAGCUGAUGAAUCUUGUUGGAAGUUUCAUUUAGACUUGAAAGUUGUCUCAACGAAGUAGAUGUCGGUGCGGUAAUUGUGAGCAACCAAGACACGACUAAGAACCAACCACUAUUCGCCUAUCACUCUCCCGUUUCUUCUAAUCCGCAUCGAGCACAAGAGCGGCAUUCUCCUUGAGCAGAUCGACAGGAAAAUCCAGAAUUUGAACGACCUUUCUGACGCGCACUUCCUGGAUCAGAAGAAGGUCAACGACGCCUUAGAAGGUCGCGUGGCUAAGACGGAGAUGGUGCUUUUGCAAGAAACUCAGAAGAGCGAGACGCGUGGUGUCCGAGUUGAGGAAGAGGAAAAACGAUGGCAGCGAGAGUUUCAGGGGUUGACUAAUGUGCUGGCACAUGUGAAAACGAAGUUAGCGGAGUUGGGAAGGACGCAAGAGACGGUGGAAGCUACGCUGGGGAAGAAAGUUCGAGUACUAUUACGAAUCCUGCUCUUGUACUGCUAAGUCGUAGUCGAUAACUAGUACAAGUCUUUCUUGCUGAUUUCUAACUGUCUUUACUACAUGCACACCCUAAAUCGUUACGAUAGUAAAGUAAAAAUUUAUCGUGUCAACCUUCUCAUGCCAAACAAAACUCUAAACAGGAAGAAGUCCUCAAAGGCUGUGACGAGAUAAAGGGUCUGGCAACUGAAAAUUUCGAGAAAUUUUCGGAACAAAUCGAGAGGACGAAAAUCUUCACGGAAGGCGUUGAUAAACUCAACAAAGAGAAUCGCAGAGCAUGUACUAGCGAGCUCACGAACAUGGAAACGAAGACAAAAGCUAGCAUCGCGGAGCUGACGGGGACUGUUACCAGGUAAAGUGAUGCUUUUCCUGUUAGUACUUGGUAACUAACCGGUUAGCUUUUACCUCUAUAAAAGUAUAAGUUUAUCCCGUGCAUCAAAAUACAUGAUCGUAACCUGUUCGUCGUGAGACCGAAACGACAUUUUUUUAAGCCUUUGCAGUCGACAUCAAUGAUCAAUCGAAAUCAAUGUAAUUAUUCUUCACUUGUUAGCCUGCUCGUCCUACCUCACGAAACGGGCAAUCCACCAGGCUCCUGCAGCAAGCCGAAUUUGCGCAAAAAGCGCUCCUUUCCGAGAAGCUUGAGGAGGAAAAGGAGUACGUCGUCGGCGAGAUAAAGGCCAUGGAGAGGAACAAUGUCGAGUUCCGUAUGCAGACACACGCUAAGAUGGAUGCUGUCGAGUCCAGCUUGAUUGACCGUGUACUCGCUGUGGAUCGCAAAUGCUACGACUCUCUCGAAGCUCAAAAGCGUUGGAUCAGCAAGUUCGAACGCGCGACAACGGAAAACAUGCAAAAAAGCAAAGCAGACACCGAGAGCAUGGUGAAGAAGCAUGAAGUUCGAACAGAAUCGCGUUUGAACGAUCAGGCGAUGCAAAUGUCACGAGAUAUUCGAGACUUGUGGAAAAAACUGGAUUCUGAAGUAAAGUACAUGGAAAAAUCGACGCAAGAAAUGAUGAACAAGAUCAAGGACCACGAGAGCUCGACAAGCACAGAAUUGACGAAUAUGCGAGAAUUUUGGGAACAGAAGUACUCUUCAUUUGCAUUUUGUAGUUGUUUUUGAGGAAAUUAUCAAUCUAUCUGAGAAUAAGACAUACUAGGAGGUGGCUCUUUUGAUUCUGCACCAUUUUGGAUCAAUACAUAACUGUAAGUUGACUACACCCGUCGGCUCGUCCUCGUCCUCUGAUUCAACGCAAGCGAAAAUUCAUCAAUCUAGGUUUCGUCGCGAGCUCGAUACCACUCGUGCCGAGUUAUCCCAGAAAGUCCAGACCUUGUUUGAGCAGGAACGCGCAGACCGCCUGAAACAAGAAGCAGAACGCGUUGAAGCCAUGGCCAAGAGGUUCGAGGCGCACGAAAGCUUGAAUCAGAGACGGAUUGAGGAGUUGAACAUGCGCGUUCAGGGUUAUUGCGAUACCACGGAUAAGCGAUUUGAGCACUUCAUCAAGGAGAAUGAGCAGUUAUUAACGAAGAAGUGUGACUAUCUGCAAGAUCAGAUUAGAUCGUUUAGGUGGGACUUUGAUCAGGAACGGGUGAGGAAGGAAGAAGAGCGGCAAGACGAUUUGCGGGAUAGCAUUAGAUGGCGCACUGAGGUCGAAGCGAAACAACACGCAACGAAGUAUUCGUAUCAAAAAACUCUGCAGUCGUUUUUGACAAUGCACUUGCUAGAGCAGACGAGGGAUUUUGAAGGCAUGCGGCGUGAGAACAAAGCAACAGCAGAACGCAUGCAGAGAAAUGUCGACGUAGAGAAGAUGGAGAGGAUAAAGAUGGUCGGAGAAACAAGGGCCAUCCUGGAAGAAAGCGAUUUGCGAGAGCAUGCGAAUACGAGACGUAGUGUGGACGAUAAUAGACGCAGUCUGGCUAGGGAGUUAGACGAGCUACGGGAAGUGCAGGAUCUAGAAAACCAGAAAAUGCAAACGGAAACUAGCAAAGUGGCGUCAGAGUUGGGGAGGAAGAUACAGACGGAAACGAGUGAGAGGCAGGAGGCGAUGGAAGCGGCGGUGUUUAUCCUUUUCCGAAGGACCCUUUUGAAGAAGAUCUCAGAUUUCAGAUUGCAACUUCAUCUUCUUUCUCAAUUUCACAAUUUCAUUAGACCAUUAUUACCUGUAAGUAACAUCAAUCAAUGCAGAGCAGACUCACACUGACAACUGUCUGACGCCUCUUUCCAACAGAUCGCUUCCCUCGCUUCCGUGUACCAUUCUCAAGGCCAGUUCGAGGACUGGCUUAACAGCGAUUGGGUAGAAAUGCAGGCGAAGCUUGAAAGCGGUCUCGCAGAAGUGGAAUCACAGCUGAAAUUGACGCAGUCACAGAUCUUACCACCUGAGAUAGCAGCAAAAAUGCUCGCCAAGGUCAACAAAUUACCUGGAAAUUUGGCGGAGCAAGUGCAGGCGACUUUGGACCAAGUAAUAGCCCAGGCACAACGCGAGAUGGACCAGAAGGAGGGGAAAGUGUCACUGAAAUUGGGCGAUUUGGAACAGCAAGUGUCAGAGAAAUUACAGUUAUGAAGGGGUUUUCGUUUUAGUAAGAGUGACUCUUUUAGUAAGUACAUUGAGAUUGAAUCUUUCAUCUUGACGUCGUAGUUGAAAAAUGACCUGUAUUUGUUAUUUGAUCCUCGGUUUUUCGUUUGACUGUAAAAGACACUCAACAAGAGACCCUCUAACGAAAUCCCUUGCCACCGAAAUGGCCACCGCACUAGGCAAGUCGCAACAGCAGCUAACGGAAGCUCAAGACGCGCAGUGGCGUGACUACGUGAGGCAGGAGGAAUCUAAACGGUUCUUGAGAAAAGAGCAAGAUCUACUGGCAGAUUCGAUGACGAACAAGUUCCUUCAGGGGAUCCUAGGCGAUACCCAAUCGAUGAAAACGCGGAUCAGCAUGCUUGAAGCGGCCUUGUUGUCGAGAGCUGAAGAGGGUACUGGGAUAGGUUUAGGUAGUGGUGGUGUUGAUCAAGGUGAUGAAGAUAAAACAACUCCACGUACUAGCGGAAGAGGACAAGCAGGGGAUCAAACACCACCAGUGGCCCAAGAGGGUGGCGCAGUACUAGAGAAUGACGCAGGUGCGGCACCAGCAGAAGGCGGGGUAGUUGGUGAAGCAGAUGCUGCGGACAAUGCGGAGUAGGCUGCUAGCGAUUUAGAAGACGUUUUUAUGAAUUUGGAUUUGGAUAGUAUCUAACUAUUUUGAUUGAUUAGCGAACUGAUUUUUUACCUUAGUCAUACUGGAUAGUCAAAAAAGCAAAUGUUAAAAGAUACAGUUGCCAGGAAGGCUUGCGACAGGCUCUCUUAAGCGAUAAUGCAGUUUCGAAUUGAUGAAUAGACUUAAACUUAGACUUAGAAGAUAGAUGGAACAAUUUUUCGUAUACCUAUACCACAGUUUGUUUCGAUACAGCACCGUAUUUUUCUGAUGAUUUCUUAGGUUCUUGUAGUCGUUUGUUUCGUAUAUUCACUGAUUGAUCCGAAUCGAUUGAACGAGACGUUGUUGCUCUGUGGUCACAGCUUCAUUUGUUUCGAUCUCUACUCGUAUGAAUCUCUGUCACAGAAUCAGUAAAUCUCUGAAUAAAGAACUACUAGUACUAGCCUAGGCAGCUGAAGACCGUCAUCGACUUCUACAGAGUCAGAAUGUCAAUCUGGCGAAGAGCAACAGAAGCUGCACUUUAGGUGCAGCCUUGCAGAGAGAUUCAGAUGUCGACGUAAGCCUGUAGGUUGUUGAGACUUCCGCACACAAAAGCCAUCGGUUGAGAGAACAUAUUCUAGAU